GGCAGCGGCUGUUUGGAGAGAGCAUCCUGGGGCUCACGCAGGGCUCUGUGUCAGACCUGCUUUCCCGGCCCAAGCCCUGGCACAAGCUGAGCCUGAAGGGCCGGGAGCCGUUCGUCCGCAUGCAGCUGUGGCUCAGCGACCCCCACAAUGUGGACAAGCUGCGCGACAUGAAGAAGCUGGAGAAGAAAGACACCUACCAGCAGAGGGCAGGACUGCCCAGCAGAUGGGCCUACCUGAAGCGCCGCUACGGGCUCAUCAGCCCUGGCUCGGACCGCGAGUCCCCGGCCACGCGCUCUGAGUGCCCCAGCCCAUGCCCGCCGCCGCUGGAGCUGAGCCUGCUGCAGGUGAAGAAGCCCCGGGUGGUGCUGGCGCCCGAGGAGAGGGAGGCGCUGCGCCAGGCCUACCAGCUGGAGCCCUAUCCCUCGCAGCAGACCAUCGAGCUGCUGUCCUUCCAGCUCAAGCUCAAGACCAACACCGUCAUCAACUGGUUCCAUAACUACAGGUCCAGGAUGCGCCGGGAGACGCUGGUGGAAGGAGCCCAGGAUGAGCCGGAGCUGGAUCCCAGCGGGGAUCCCGGCGCCCGGCCACCCCGCCACGGCCCCCCAGACCCCACCCCGAGGAGCCCCUCGUCAGAGGCCGAGGAGCAGAAGCCGGAGCUGAGCGAGCUGCGGGCCUGCGGGGCCGGGGCCGCACCCCUGUCCGCCCCAGACCGGGCAGGCGUGAGGGUCAAGCAGGAGCGGACCGAGGAGGAGGGGGGCUGUGAGCCCCAGGACUUGGGGGAGCCGGACCCAGCCCGAGCCGCCCCCAAAGAGGAGCACGUGGACCCUCCGGGCAGCGAGGAGCUCCCUGAAGGGGCACUGGGGCCCCUCCUUCCCGCGGGGCUCCCCUCAGACUGCCCUUGGCAACACCCCUGCCACGAGGGCCAGGCCCGGCCGCGGCCACCCGCCCCGGAGUCCGAUGCCAAGGUGAACCCCAACUUGCAGCGGCGGCACGAGAAGAUGGCCAACUUGAACAGCAUCAUCUACCGGCUGGAGAAGGCCGCCAACCGCGACGAGGCCCUGGAGUGGGAGUUCUGA